GAAAGAUCAUAGGAUGAAGAAGUCUACAAAUGCAAGUGAAGAUGAUCUUAAACCUGACAGGCUUUUAGAUGUUGUACUCUCAUGGACUUUUCAGGAUGUUCUCAAUGAGAAUCUUUACAAAGACCAGGUUAAAAAGAUUCCAGAAACGUUUAACUCAGCAAGGGAUUACAAGAGCUAUUUUAUCCCUUUGUUGUUUGAGGAAAUACACUCUGAUUUAUCUUCAAGCUUGCAUGGUGUGUCUCGAGCUCCUUUUUGUGAAAUCAAGAGCGUUCAAGAAGGCAAACCCAAAGCUCAAAAGCAAUUGACACAGUUCAAUCUUAUCUUAAUGUUGAAGAAUACUACUGAAUUUGACAGAGUUGAAAAUGGUGGAAAUUAUGAACCUGGAUCAGGAGAUCUUAUUGCUAUUACACACAUUAAGCCUAAAAGCUUAAGUGACUUGAACUCACUCAAAAGUCCAUACCAUAUUGCCUAUGUUAAAUGGGGAGGAAAUCAAUCUUCUGAUAAAAUCUCAGUUAUGUCAUCCAAAUUCAUUUCUGAAUUUGACUUCAGGAAAAACAACACACAGAAAAUGUAUGCAGUUUCCCUUAUGAACAUGACAACGAAUAUUCGUAUCUGGAAAGCCUUGAGCUCUCAGUCAAAGGGUGAUCACCUCAACCUCAUUCAAAAAGUAUUGCAACCUGGUCUCAAUAGCGGAGAGAAUUGCAAAAUUUGCAUGUCAAGAUCAAACAAUCAAGCUUCUUUUAUUACAGAAGACAUAAUUUAUUCUCAGAAUCUGAAUGCAUCACAAGAAGAUGCUGUUUCAAGCUGUGUUAGUAUGGUAAAUUGUUCACAUGCAAAUACAAAGCUUAUAUGGGGGCCUCCAGGGACAGGAAAAACAAAGACAGUUGCAUGCUUGUUAUUUUCUCUACUCAAGUUAAAAACCAGAACAUUGACUUGUGCUCCAACUAAUACUGCAGUGUUGCAAGUGGCAACAAGGUUGCAUAGCAUAGUCGUGGAUUCACUGAGGCAUGAUUCAUAUGGUUUGGGUGACAUUGUGCUGUUUGGGAAUAGGAAGAGAAUGAAGUUAGAUUGUUAUCCGGGUCUUGAAGAUAUUUUUCUGGAUUAUCGUGUAAAAAGUCUCAUGCAGUGCUAUGCUGAAUGGAAGCAUAACUUUGAAUCAAUGAUCCAGUUGCUUAGGGACCCUAAAGAACUGUAUUUUUUGGAGAUGUCCCAAAAAGAUUUUGUUAUGAAAAAAGAUAGUGUUAUAGCAUAUGCAUAUCAUGCAUACAAUAAGCAAGGUCUUGUUAUGAAGUUUGAGGUAUUUGUUCAAAAGGCAUGGAGAGACAUCACAAAGAUAUACCGAUUAGAUGAGCAUAAUAAAAAGGAAUGUAUGCUGAUAACAGAGAAAUUUGUGAAACAAAGAAUUGAGAAAUCGAGAACGAGCGGCCUCAAAUUUAUCAUGCAAACAUUAUACACAAACUUAAUGCAGCUGUUGGAGGACCCGCGACGUCAAAUUUUCUCAAAGAUGGGGUAUGAGUCCUUUGAUGAUUUUGCUAUGAAUAAUACUUUAGUAUCUACAUAUAGUACAUACAAGCAAAAUAAGGGUGAAAAUAAAUAUGAUGAUAGUGUGACUUUUGAGGAUUAUGUGAUGAGGGCAAGAAAAGACAUUUUAGAGCUAUACCAAAGUGUGAUGACUAUGGAGCAAUUUGUAAAGUGGAGAUUUGGAGAAUUAAGAGAGAGGCUCAAGUUCCUGAUACAUACCUUAUGCACUCACAUGCCGAAAUCUUUCAUUUCAGUGAACAAUACUAGUAUGCUCCAAGCUCUUGACUUGUUAAAGUCACUAGAAAUUUCCUUGAGUCAAGCCAAGUUUAAGCAAACUGUCAAUGACUUUGAAGAAAACAUUCCUGCUUGCUUUGGACCAUCAAGCCGGGAAAGAAAUGAGUGCAUUUGCAUACUAAGUUUGCUUUCUAACUCAAUUAAACUUCCUGAAUUUAAAGUGAAAGAUCAAGUAGAAAAAUUCUGUUUGUCGAAUGCUACUCUAAUUCUGUGCACUGCAUCAAGUUCUAUUAAAUUCUACACAGAAGAGAUGAGACCAGUGCAGUUUUUAGUUAUUGAUGAAGCAGCUCAGCUUAAAGAAUGUGAAUCAACAAUUCCUUUGCAGCUUCCAGGUCUUAGCCAUUGCAUCCUUAUAGGUGAUGAGAGACAGCUUCCUGCACUGGUUAAAAGCAAGAUUGCUGACAAGUGUGAGUUUGGACGAAGUAUGUUCGAGAGGCUGGUUAAUUUAGGCUACAAGAGGCAUAUGCUUAAUGUUCAGUAUAGAAUGCAUCCAUCAAUUAGCUUAUUUCCAUGCAAAGAGUUCUAUGAUGGAAAACUUUCUGAUGCCCCUGUUGUCAGGGACGAGAGUUAUAACAAGCAUUUCCUUGAAGGAGAAAUGUAUGGUCCUUAUUCUUUUAUUAACAUAGCUAAGGGUAAAGAGCAAUUUGGCUGUGGACACAGUUUGAAGAACAUGGUUGAGGUUGCUGUUAUUUCUAAGAUACUUGAAAGCCUAAAACAACAGUUUGUGAGGACAAAGAAGAAAGUUAGCAUAGGAAUAAUAUCUCCGUAUAAUGCUCAAGUUUCUGAAAUCCAAGAGAAAGUUAAGCAGUACACUUGGGCUUCUAAUUCCGGCUUCUCUGUUAAUGUUGGUUCUGUUGAUGGUUUUCAAGGUGGCGAGGAAGACAUUAUAAUAUUAUCGACGGUGAGAUCAAAUGAGAGUAGAAAAGUUGGGUUUCUUUCCAAUGAACAAAGAGUUAAUGUGGCAAUCACUAGGGCUAGGUAUUGCCUCUGGAUACUAGGGAAUGCAAAUACUUUAAUAGACAGUUACUCUGUUUGGAGAAAAAUAGUUAUUGAUGCUAAAAGAAGAGAUUGUUUCCAUAAUGCGGACAAGGACAAGAAACUGGAUCAAGCUAUUGAGGAGGCCUUGUUUGAGGUUGAGUUACUUGAAGAAUCUGAGUCACCAUUUCAGAAACUAAGUUUAGGUGGAAAAUCAUAAAAAUCAAGGUGGGUGGAACCACAUUUGUAGUGCUGAAUUAUUUGUUCUUGUUGGGAUCAUAUUUGUGGUUUAUCAUUCUAUUAAUUUAGUGAAAAACAUAGUUA